CGUAAGGGAAGAAGAACAUCCUCAGUGACGUCACCGGCGUGUUGUGGAGAGAAGCUGGAGGAAGAUGGCGGGGUCCAAGGUGAAGCAGGACAUGCCUCCUCCGGGAGGCUAUGCUGCCUUCGAUUAUAAGAGAAAUCUACCGAAACGAGGACUUUCGGGAUAUAGUCUGUUCGGCAUUGGCAUUGGCAUCAUGGUGUUCGGUUACUGGAGGCUUUUUAAAUGGAACAGAGAGAGGAGGCGUUUGCAGAUUGAGGAGCUGGAAGCCAGGAUAGCUCUGAUGCCUCUACUGCAGGCAGAACACGACCGAAGAACCUUACGGAUGCUGAGGGAAAACCUAGAAGAGGAGGCGAUCCUCAUGAAGGACGUUCCAGGUUGGAAGGUCGGUGAGAGCGUCUUCCACACAGACCGCUGGGUUACUCCUCUGUCGGAGGAACUGUUCAACCUCAAGCCCCGGGAAGAGCUUUUGCACAAGCGCUUUGGCUUCUUGUGGUACGUGUGAGGAACGAUAUCCUGAGCUCCUCCACCUUCCACAGCCGUCGCUCAGUUCAGCUUGUAAAUGUUCAAUAUUAAAGUAUCUUUUUUCUGUACCUCA